GCGGCGGUGCCAGGCGGCCGCGGGGCUUCCUGCUGACGGCGGCGAGCCGCGGAUGGGCAGGAAGGGCAGCCGGCGCCUCCGCUGCCCUCCUCCUCUUCUUCCUCCUCCUUUUCCUCCUCCUCCUCCUCCUCGGCCGCUGGCUCCCCCCAGCAGCGCGGGGCAGGCCCGGCCGGGGCCGGGGCGGCGCUGAGGGGAAGGCGCCGGCCUCACCCGCCGCCCCUGGCCAUGGCAGCCCCCGCUUGCUGAGCGCCGCCGCCCGCGGGCCCCUCGCCGAUGGCCGAAGCCUGGAGGCUGGAGGAGGACGAGGAGGAGCUGCGGGAGCUGGGCAGGAGGCACCGCAGGGGUGCCCUGGGCUCGGCGGCAGAUCGCUCUGAAAGAAAUAAGCCAGACUGCCGCUCUUCAGGCCAAGGACCCUUGUCAUCCAUAAGAGCAGCAAUCAAGAGAUCUUCUCGGACUUCUAGCCAUAGUGAACAGCAGAGGGAUAGAAGGCGUCCUGAAAUUACAAUAGUUGCUGCUGAACCCCUCCGGCCAUCCUCCUGGUUUCCAGGUGCAAGCCCUGUCGCUCCUCAGGGAUUAGGAUUCCCUUCCUCGUCUCAUGCUCAGUGGAGGACAAAUGAGCUUAUUCCAGCUGAGCUUCCACCAUCUUAUGAGCAGGUGAUAAAAGAAAUUAAUCAAGUGCAAGUCAAUACAACAAAUAACAACAAUGCUGCUGCUUCUAGACAUACCACUACUUCUGCAACACAAACUGACUUUCCAGAGGAACUAAUCAGGCGUUUGCCAGCAAGUAAUGUAAAAAACAGUGUGCCUGCACACUGGGAAUCUGCAAGCUAUCCUGGGCAAAGUCCUCUGAAACCUCCUAGGCCUUCUGCAUCUCUCCUGAAUAGGUCUUCAGAAAAUGAGACUUCCUUAAUAGGUUUUGAAGUUUCUGAAGGUCAGAAGCGCCAAGAAAAUCCCAAUGCUGUGAUAUGUCCUGUGCCAAAGCCAAGAUCAAGAAGCAAUCUCAGACCUGUGGUCAAAAAUACUGAAAGUCAUAUAAGAGACAAUGGGGAAGAAGUGAACCAGUCUAACACAAAGAGACAGCAACCUUCAGUUGAGCAGUCCUCUGUGUUAGAUGAUAGCUUACUAGACAAUCAUUUGACAGGGGACAGCAUGAGUACAGAAAAGAGCCAAAAUAGUAUUGUUUCAAGGAUCAAAGUUUUUGAAACCCAAGGAACUAAUGAUACCUCAGGAUUAGCAAAGAAACCGGAAAUUGCACCUCGUUCAUUCGCCCCAAGACCUGUACCUGCAAAGAAGCCGGUAGUUGCUCCAAAGCCAGGGCUAAGCAGAGUUUCAGGAGAUUGGGAUGCAUGGACAGAAGGCAAAUCAACACCUUCCAAGGAAUUGCAGCUUCAACCUGAAGCAGUUGGGAACAGUGUUGCAACCAAACCUGAACUGCCAAAGAAACCAAAACCUGGCCUUGUAAAAAGUAGUAGUAGUGAUUUUCUUGACACAAAGAGUGGAUCGGUUGCAGAGCACAGCGAUGGACAAAGGAAAUUUCCUGUUCCUGCUCCAAGGCCUCUCGUUCCUAAAAAGUCACCUUGUGCAGAAAAUCCUGCCUUUUCUUUGGCCACACUAAAACCAAUUGCUGCUCCCCCUCGAGCUCCUGUAUCUGCCCAAGAAAAAGUUUCCAAGUCUCUGGGGGAAUUGUCACCUGCAGCCAACUCCUCAGCACCCACUUUGCAAAGUAAACUAGAUGUGGAAGGAGAUCUGAUCAGUUUUGAUGAUGACGUUUUGCCCUUGAGUCCACCUUGUGUCGUUAAAGAUAGCAUCAGUUGUGAAGCAGCAGCAGAUCCAUUCCAGUUCCUCUCCAGAAGUGAACCGACGAAGGAACAGGCAGCUCAACCAGCUUUAGCACGGAAACCCACUGUUAUCCGAAUUCCAGCUAAACCCGGGAAAUCUCUAAAUGAAAUCCCUCAUAGCCCUCCUCCACUUCCUGCUGAAAAGCCUAUUGGCAACACUUCUGGCAUCACAGCAGGCAAACCCAACAGUGGUGACCUAGUAAAAAAAGUGGAGUCAGAUCAUUCAGAACAGGCUGGAGCACCUCAGCUAGAACCUGCACUACCUCCAAGGCCUGUGAAUGGAAAAAUUGUACCAGCUCGACCUCCCCCACCUAAAGGAGUUCCUGGAAGGCCACCUCCACCAAAACUCCCUGCAACCAAGACCUCCUCCCAGAAGGAUGCUCUUUCCCGAUCCACUUCUGACAUUGCUUCUGAUAAAAGACCAAGCAAGUUCAAAUUGGGCCCCAAGAGAACAAAGAGCCAAGUAUUAAAAAAUCAAGAUCCAGCUUUACCUCCAAGACCUAAACCAGGUCACCCCCUCUACAAUAAAUACAUGCUACCUUUGUCUCAUGGAAUUGCCAAGGAAGAUUGCCUUCCCAGGAACCAUGGGGAACCAUCCUGUAAGGAUUCAAACAACCCUCCAAAAGUUGCUGACACAAGCGCACCUCAUGCUGUAGUCCUGCAUGAUUUUUCUGCAGAGCAUGCUGAUGACUUGGACCUUCGUUCUGGAGAUACAGUUUGUCUUUUGGAGAAAAUUGAUGCUGAGUGGUACAGAGGAAAAUGUGGGAAUCGCACAGGGAUAUUUCCCGCCAGCUUUGUGAAAGUAGUUAUUGAUGUUCCAGAAGAAAGCAAAAGGAAAAAAACACCCUGCUCGUCACCAUCUAUUAAGGGGCCAAGAUGCAUAGCACGAUUUGAGUAUAUUGGAGAUCACAGAGACGAACUCAGUUUUUCAGAAGGUGAAACUAUUAUCCUUAAAGAAUAUGUAAAUGAAGAGUGGGCCAAAGGAGAGCUUAGAGGCGUGUCUGGAAUUUUCCCCUUGAACUUUGUGGAAGUAAUUGAAGAUCUGCCUGGAACAGGUAUAGGAGCCGCACCGAAGAACAAGGUGGAGGUUUCUUCUUCCCUUCCUCAGAACAACAGACACUCAGUGGAGUGGUGUGAAGCACUUCAUGAUUUCACAGCAGAAACCAAAGACGAUUUAUCCUUUAGAAAGGGAGACUACAUCCAGAUACUGGAACAAGUAGAUUCAGAGUGGUACAGAGGAAGACUGAAUGACAAGGAAGGGAUUUUCCCAGCGGUGUUUGUUCAAGUCUGCUCAGCCAGAGCAGAGAUGUCACAGUCUCUAGGAGGGAAGAAAAGAAAAGCCAAAGCUCUUUAUGAUUUUCAUGGCGAAAAUGAAGAUGAGCUUUCCUUCAAGGCAGGUGAUAUCAUAACAGAGCUGGAAUCCAUAGACGAGGACUGGAUGAGUGGAGAGCUGCAAGGAAAAUCUGGGAUAUUUCCCAAGAACUUUGUUCAGAUUUUAAGAACACCAUGAAGUGUUGCCUGUCUUUGUACUCCCUAUAUGUGGGAGAGAAUGUUUUCUAGCCUGAAGGCACAAAGACAUUGACGUAUUUUGACUAUCAAUGUUUUGCACUACUUUUCUAGACAGUCAUACGAGUAUCUUCAACUGAGACAAUUUUAGUCUUUUGUGACUGUGUGUUUAGCCAUGCUUCGUGAAUGCUCUGAGAGCAAAUACAAGCACGAUUUUUAGUGGUUUCCAGCUAGGGAAAUGCUGUGGUGCAGCACCAUUUUGGUAUGUUUACUAUCUGGUAUUACAUUUGUCAUGCACAAAGUCUGCAUAAAGUAAGCUUCCAUGGGCUUCUUUUAAAACUGAUUAAAGAGUUGUUUUUAAUAUAUAACUACAGCACUCAAUAUGUAGAUAAAGCUUGAUAUUCAGGUUUCUUUACUGCUUGACUUCCACAUUAGCAGUAGAAUCCACUUGUUUUUAUGACUUAGAGGACAAGAAAGGUAACUUAUAGUAGAAAAAUAUCAGAUCUAGAACUGGUAAAAAGGAAAGCUCAAGCAAAUCUGUGUACUAUUCUCCUAUUCUUAGCCUAAGCUGCUCAUCUGGGAAGAUCAGAAAACACAAGUAUUUUGCCUCUUGACUAAUAGUAUUCAAAUUGGUAUAAACUGUACUCAACCUUUUCUCCCUUACUCUAAAUCUUUCCCAGAUAGAGCUUUAGUUGCUGAACUACCCUGUUCUUCAAGCACCACCCUGCCAUUCUGUCCCAGCAGCAAUUAGCUGUGAUGGACAGCAUUUACUUGGCUUUCUCAGCUCCCCUGGUGCAGUAGCUGCACUAUUUCAACUAUUUGUCCCUCCACCCCUUUCAUCUAAGUGGAAAGCCAGUCUUCACUCAGUCUGCAUUUCAUUUGUCACUCAAGCACUGGAACAUACUUCAGUAACACUAUUCCUCUCCUUAACAUGAAGAAUAUUAUACAGCCUUGGUUUUAGCUUUCAGCAGACGUGGGAUUAGUUUUCAGUUUGUUACCACGUACCAGCUAUACUGAGCAUCAUUAUAAAUGGUCUGUCGAGGCCUUAAGGAAAAAACGUCUGGCAAACUGGUACAUCAAGAAGCUUGAACAAAAUCAUUUAGUAAAAAGCAGCGGUGCGACUUGAACAACAGAAACUGAGACAGACGUGACUAUGGGAGCUGAGCCUUCUGGCAGUAAAUUCCUUUUUGUGACACUUGCCUUCUGACAAAGUAGUUAAACGCACCUUGAUAAGGAACUAACCUCUGCCUGGAACAGGAAAAAUAAAGUGUUGAAGCCAGCCGGUGAGGGCAGCUCUCCUCCAAAUGUGAAGUGCUGUGUAUUUAAACUUGUCGCCAUCAUACAGUUGGAGAAUGAAGAUCACAAAGCUUUAGUGAGCUGAGAACUAAAGCUUUUUACUUUCAUUUAAUUUUUACUUUCAUUAAAGGGAUUAACAUUAUAAAAAUAAAUGUAAAUCAUGCACUGUUCCAGAAGAACGGAAACACGACUGUUUCUACAUCUAUUAUUCAGUUUUGACAUCCCAAUAAGCCUAUCCUGGUCUGUGGAAUUCAACUUCGAUGUAAGUCCACCUCUGAGAGCAACUCAUCCCACUCUCUAAGUUCUCCUGCCAGGAGGUGCUAAACGUUCUUGAUUAUUCUGAUAAAGCAGCCCUUUUUUCUUUCCAGAGGACUCCGAUGAAAUGAAUACCUAAGAGAGACUGCUGACUUUUCAACCAUGAACUUUCAGUGGACGACCCUAUUAAACAGGCUUCUUGCACCAGGGCCUAUGCUAAGACAACUCCUGAAGCUCUUGCAAGCAGAGCACAAGGAGAACAGCAACAAAGCCACCCCAACAAUCACAAUAGUGAUCCUCAGAAAACGUAAUCUUUGUGAUGGUGGAUGAGGCUAAAGCGGAUGAUGCUUGCUUGCUUACUGUUUGUCUGGCAGUUUUCUAAGCUUUUGAUACAAGUCUCAAGUUAGAACAGAUUUUUUUUUUUUAAUAUUUUUUCAAUUUCCUCACCUUCGUUUCUAUAACUGUGCUAUUGACCAGUUGUUUUUCUGUUUAAAGUCAGUGCCUCCCGGUAGGUAAGACUGCUCUUCUUUCAUCAUCUCCUGGUCACGCAGGAAAGGAAGAGCAGCAAAGCCUUACAUGCAGUGCAAGGAGUGCCAUCUAAAGGCUGUUUACAUUCCUGCAGACACAAGCUAUUAAAAGUCAGAGAAAGAUGGUUGGCUUUACAGGAAGGGAUUUUCUUAAGACUUGAUGCCUACUAUCACCGUGAAACUGCAUACAGAUAAUACAAUUCCCAAGGUGUACAGUACAUAAUUUGCAGAAAAGCACGAAUGUGGUUGAGCACACAUCUUACCUGCAAUAUAGUAGCAAAUUUCAGCUGUAACCUUGGAAUUCUGCCAGAGCCCCAUAUGUUAGUGUAAUAGAAAAUGAUAAACAAGGCUUUUCUUGUUUGCCCCACCCUCUGGAACUAUCUUCAGGAAGGAGACUGUUCUGUAUACAAUUAACCAUGUGGUAAAUAAAUCUUGUUAAGUCUGGUAAGUUUGUUAUGGUACCUCUGUAAAUUAAAAAUGUAUUUAACCAAUAAAUUUUUAUAAUUAA